AUGGACGAAAUACCGUCCUCCCCACCGACCCACCUUGCGACAGAGGAGGAAAAGAUCGCGUAUUAUAAAUCGCAAUAUGAACAGUUGGAAGCAGAAUUAGCAGAAUUUCAAGCGUCUAGUCAGGAAUUAGAGGCGGAGCUUGAGAAGGAUGUUGAGGCUGCGGAGCAGCGAGAGAAAGCGCUGCGGGAAAAGGUAGAAAGUCUAGGGUUUGAGGUCGAUGAGUGGAAGACGAAAUACAAACAAGCAAAGACAGAAGCGAACUCAGCGCAAAAUACGCUGCAGAAAGAGAUUACGGCACUGCGAGAUGCCAACCGAACCCAGCAUCUAAGACUUAGGGAUAUUGAAGUGGCCAAUGAUGAUUUCGAAAGGCAGGCGCGCAAUACGACGUCGUCUUUAGAGGACCUAGAAUCCAAGUAUAAUGUCGCAAUUGAAAGAGGCGUCAUGUUAGAAGAGGAGAUCAAGGUUGGAGAAAAGGAAAGAGAAAACCUACGCAUCGAAACGCAGAGGCUCCGCGAUGAGCUGUCGGAUCUGAGAAUCGAAGCUGAGAUUACACAAGACAAGUUGCGCAAACGUCAACUCAGUUCCUUAUCGACCGAUAUUACCGCCCCAAGUUCUCCGGCGUUCGACCCGGAAAGAUCGUUCAAUUCUGCAGCUUCGUCGCCUAUGAUCAGUACUCCACCAGAUACCAAAUCUGUUUCGACUGUCGAUACCGUCUCCGAAACACCUACUCCUCCGUCUCCUCCAAUGUCCGAGGCAUCACUUACUGCGAAGCCAGUAGCGAAAACACCAAUGAAUCCACACAAAAGCAAGCUCAAAUUGCCGUCUGGCGAUUCCAGCACGACGCCUAAGCCAGCGACAAGAAUCCCAUCAGGAAAUUUGCGCAGCUCAAGAGGACCAGGAUCUGCCGCACCGACCCCAGCUCGAAGAAGAGAUGCGACGCCUUCUGUUAUACGGAACGUCCGAACGAAAGCACCUGCAACACGCAACGUACCCAACUCUGCCUCACUUACACAGCUUCGAAGUCUUACAGCGCAAAUGCAAAAGCUGGAGCAGAGAGUUCAUAAUGUUCGAUCCAAAUUACCAGCUCCUGUAAAUACACCUCCUCGGGCAUCUCCUCGGAAUGGCUCAGCGCUAGGCCAUAACUUUAUGCCCUCCAGUGUUACGAUAAGAAGUAGGAAACGAGCAAGUGGAAGCACGGUCAGCCACUCGUCAAUUGCCCCAUCCGACGAUACACCUUCAGCAAAGCAUGUAAGCAGGCUGUCUACGUCAGGUAUAAGUCGGUUAUCAUUUGGUCCUGUCACAGGUAGAGAGGGCCGCGAAAGCUCGGAUAGUAGACCUAGUAGCAGAGCAAGUCAAGCCAACAGCUAUGUUCGGCCUGACAGACCACUCAGCAGAUCCGAGUUAUCCAGACCAUUAAGUAGGACAUCGAUGAGUGGCGCGAGAACGCCCCUAGGAAACUACUCUUCAACCACAUAUGAAUCAAGAAGACCCAGAUCAAGUAUCGGCGGCAGUUUUGCCGCCUCCCAUGGCCACGGACAUUCUCAAAGCGUGUCAAACAUCGAGUUUGAUGAAUCUCGAGAACCCGACUUUCCCACCCCAAAUCGACGCAACACUUACGGUAAAGGGGAUUUGGAAAGCGUAAUCCCCAUCCCCGGCUCCGCGCUCCCAAGACGUAAAAGUGGGGGCAUCGCAAUCGCAAGGCGAACAAGUAGUGGCGGUCUUCCGAAGGAAGACGACAAAACCAUGAAACCUCCUGGGAGACCGAGAAAGCUCAGUGAAUUACCUGAGAAGGCGUGA